AAGAUGGCGGAAAGCGGAAAUUGGUUGUCGCCCGUUAUUGAAGAUUCUGACGAUAUGCGUCAUGUGCGUCGUUCACGGAUUUACAUUGGCUUGGAGGUAAACACAUAAGGGGCUACGAGAGAGCAAAUUAUUCCGAAAGAAGAAUUGGCGCCAACAUGGAAAACUUCAUUGAUCAUCCAACAUCACAAACAUGGGGCGAAGUUUAUGGUUUAUACAACAAAGUUUUAAUUGUCAAGUCGAAAAUCAUGAAACCCGACAAAGGAAAACAAUUAACGCAACUGGAUCACUGGUAUCAAGAAGAACUCCCAGGUGCAAUUAAAGCAAGAAAGGAAAGAUAUGUCACUCAUGAGGAGCUUUGUAAACUGAUGAAAUGGAAACUGACGAGAGGAAAAUUCAGACCUCGCCUGGAACAAAUGGUUCAGAGUAACAGUGAGGAAGAAGUUGAGGCUGCAAGUCGAAAAGCCUUUAAAGAGCUGCCAAACCUUCCCAAUGCCAUCAAAGCACUGACGGUCCUCAAGGCCAUAGGUCCAGCAACAGCGUCUGCUGUUUUGGCAGCAGGUGCCCCAGACAAAGCAGCAUUCAUGGCUGACGAAAGCAUGCUGGCUAUACCAGGGUUAGCUCCCUUGCAGUACACCUUGCCAUUUUAUAAUGAGUUCAUGGACCAUGUGAAGUCUAUUACAAAAAAACUCAACAAAGAUCAGGAUGCAGAUGGAAUCAAAUGGACCCAGCACAAGGUUGAGCUGACAUUGUGGACAUACCAAAUGGCCAAGACACUGUGUCCAGAAUUAUUGGAUGUCAAAGAUAAUUCAACCACAGCAAAAAGAAAGAAAGUUUCAGAAAAUGGAAAAACAGAUGACAAAGUUAAAAAACUUAAAACGUAACCAAUGACUGUAAAAAAGAUUUUGUUGAUAUUCUUUUGCCACUGCUACUGAUAUUGAUAGCCAAACAUUAAUUGGUAUGUUUCAUUUCAUCAUUGUCAGAAAUUUGGAGCAAUCAGAGAGCAUGCCCUAAUAUUAUCAGUGCUCUUAACGUAAAGAAAAUCCCUUAACUUAAGGCAUUUCGGGAUUUAAAGAAAGAUCAGAAAUUCUUUCCUGUGAAAAUUUUUAAUUUAAGAAAUUCCCUUUAAGUAAAGGCCAGGAGUUGUGUACAAAACCAUUUAAUCUAUUUUAAACAUCAGUAAUGUUUGUGAAAUUUUGCAUAUUUCAAAGCAAGUACUGAAUGGAGUCUUAAAUACUAAGGAGAUGCAAUCGAAGGCUGGUAUAAAACUCUUUGGUUGACUGUUAACAUCAUUGACCAUUGGCUUAUAUAGGAAGCUCAAAGGUCAUGUUGAGAUGACCUGCGGGGUGUUGUUAGAUGUUAUAUUGUAGUGUAUCAAAGUAUAUCAUAGAGGAGCGGAAAUUACAUGUCUAAUUUUGAUUAGAUUGAAGAGUGAUUUAACACUGCAGUAAAUGUCUGAUCAUGAUUUUAGUGUAAAUCUUAAUUGUGUUUUCAAUGAUCGUGAUUUUAUGGCUGAAGAAAAAUUGCACAAUGAACGUUAAGUUUAGUGUCUUCUCGUCAUCUAUAUAACACGUAAAUUAAAGUAGGAGUUAUUAUGUUUGUUUUACCUUUAUACCAGGUUCAUGUAUGUUUGGUGGUUUACAAGAUGUUAGAUCACUUCAUUAAAGAUCACAUGUCUGUUACA